AUGAAAUGCAGGGUAUUGUCAGAAGCUCGUGUUUAUACGAAUAUCAAUAAGCAAAGAACCGAGGAAUAUUGGGAUUAUGAAAAUACUACAAUCGAUUGGUCCACGAAUACGAAGAGCUACGAGAUUGAGAAUAAAGUGGGGCGUGGGAAAUAUUCUGAAGUUUUCCAAGGUAUUAAGUUGGACUCAAAAGUUAAAAUUGUCAUUAAAAUGUUGAAGCCCGUUAAAAAGAAAAAAAUUAAGAGAGAAAUUAAGAUCUUAACAGAUUUGUCUAACGAAAAACUACCUCCGACGACUUUACCAUUCCAAAAAGAACAAUACUACACAAAUCAAAAGGAAGAUGUUGUAAAAUUCACUAGACCCUAUAUUUUUGAUUUGCCUCACACCGGUCAUGCAAAUAUAAUCCAUUUAUUUGAUGUAAUAAAGGACCCGAUUUCUAGAACGCCAGCUUUGGUCUUUGAAUACGUCGAUAACGUGGACUUUCGUAUUCUUUACCCUAAAUUAACCGAUUUGGAGAUUAGGUUUUAUAUGUUUGAACUAUUAAAGGCUUUAGAUUACUGCCAUUCGAUGGGAAUAAUGCAUAGGGAUGUUAAGCCUCAUAACGUGAUGAUUGAUCAUAAAAACAAAAAGUUACGAUUGAUCGAUUGGGGGUUGGCCGAAUUUUAUCAUGUUAAUAUGGAAUAUAAUGUCCGUGUUGCAUCGAGAUUCUUCAAGGGUCCAGAACUACUAGUAGAUUAUAGAAUGUAUGAUUACUCUUUAGAUCUAUGGUCAUUUGGAACAAUGCUAGCUUCCAUGAUAUUUAAAAGAGAACCAUUUUUCCAUGGAACUAGUAAUACAGAUCAACUUAUCAAAAUUGUCAAAGUGCUUGGUACAACGGAUUUUGAGAAGUACUUGUUGAAGUAUGAAAUCACUUUACCAAGAGAAUUUUACGAUAUGGACCAAUACAUCAGAAAGCCUUGGCAUAGAUUUAUUAAUGAUAGUAACAAACAUUUAAGCAAUAACGAUGAAAUAAUUGAUCUAAUUGAUAAUCUGUUGAAAUACGACCACCAAGAAAGACUAACUGCUAAAGAAGCAAUGGGUCACCCAUGGUUUGCCCCAAUCAGAGAACAAAUUGCAAAAUAA